AUGGCUGCACUCAAGGAGACCCAGUCCUCCGACGAAGGCCAACUGGAGGAGGUUAGUGCCGGCUGCACCUUUUCUGGAGCAACUACACGCGGGGUCGCAUUUGGCAUUCAAAACGACAUUGUGGAACAACUUCCUGGUUUGCUGCAUUGUAUCAAAGAUGGCCUUAUAAGCCCCCGCCUGCCUCUUCGAGAAGGCAAAUUCGCUACCAUCGUCAGCGUCUACGCUCCCCCGAUGAUCAGCCCUGACACUGCAAGGAACGAAUUUUACGAGGAGCUGUACGCCCUUUUAGCGACUGCGCCAAAGGCAGACUUGAUGACUUAAGUGUCCGCGCCAGCACAGAGCAUGCUGCGCGGAGAAGAGUGCUGGGUCACCAUAGUCUCCAUGACCCCAACGACACUGACCUGCGGCGAACAUCGACGCAUCAUGACCAACAUCUACUUCCGUUCCCCAAUGCGAGAUAAGGCUACUUGGAUUCAUCGUUGGUCGCGAUAAUGGCACCCGCUAGACUAUGUCCUCGUCCGGAGGCGAGAUUACUGGGGCGUCCUUCUGGAAAAGGCGAAUCUCGGUGCCGACGGGUGGACCGACAAUUUUCACGUCCUCUUCAAGAUGCGGAUUCGUCUUGAGCUUCGUGGGAGACCACAAGGUAACCGACCCUGCGGCAAGCUGAAUAUUGCUUCGUUGUCUUUGCCUGCUUACCAUCUCCACUUCGGCAGCGAGCUAUCUCGACGUCUAGCCAACCUUCCAGUCGCUGUUGCUGCAGGUGCCGCUGACGAGAACGCCUCCGUUGAGAACCGAUGGUGUCACCUGCAGGACACAGUCCAGUGAACGGCCCUGGCUGUCCUCGGUCACGCACGACGCUAACACCAGGACUGGUUUGAUAGCAACGACGCCGCGAUCAGCGACCUACUCGCCGAGAAGAAUCUCCUGUAUAAAGCCUACGUCGACCGCGCCACCGUCGACAGCAACUCAGCAUUUUACCGUAGUCGUCGCCUUGUGCAACAGAAGCUGCGCGAAAUGCAGGACGUUGGACGGCUCGCAAGGCCGGGAGAUCCAAGGGUACGCCUACCGCAACGAGUAGAAGAACUCCUUCGCCGUGAUCAAGGUCGUCUACGAUCCGCAACCCAAAGAUACUGCACAUCUUCCCAGCGCCGACAGCAGUAUCCUACUCAUUGAAAAGACAAAUUAUACAACAAUGGGCCAAGAACUUCAGAGGCGUCUUCAACCUUCCCUCAACCAUCUCCGACGCCACCAUCACCCGUCUACUUAAAUUGGGGACCAACGGCGACCACGACCUCCGUCCUGCUCUUCACGAAACCAUCAGGUCUCUAAAGCAACUGCCCAGUAUGAAAGCUCCCGAAUCCGACGCGAUUUUUGCUGACAUCUACAAGCACGGUGACUCCUAACUCUUGGAUCAUCUGACGGCGCUCUUCCAGGAGAUGUGGUGUCGAGGGGGAAGUCCCGCACGCCACAAUCCUGCACCUAAACAAGGAAAAAAAGGAAGCCGUCAGGUCUGCCACAACCAUGGAGGCAUUUCCAUGCUGAAAAUCGCCGGAAAAAUCUUCGGUCGCCUUCAUUUCAAACGCCUGAGCCACCAUCUGGAGCAAUGUCCCCUUGCUUAAGGAUAGUGCGGUUUCUACCCUCCUGGUGGGACCGCUGACAUGAUCUUCGCCGCCCGUCAACUGCAGGAGAAGUGUCAGAAGAUGAGGGCCCACCCGUACUCUACCUUCGUGGAUCUGAUGAAAGUCUUCAAGACGCUGAAUUGCAAACGACUAUGGAAAAUUAUGCAGAAAAUCGGCUGUCCCGAGCGACUCACUCGGAUGGUGCGUCAGCUCCACGAUGGCAUGGUGGCGCGCGUCACGGACAACGGAGCUGCCUCAGAGACAUUCGCAGUAACCGACGGAAUGAAGGAGGGCUGCGUCUUUGUGCCUAUCCUAUUUGAUCUCAUGUUCUCUGCCGUGGUGAUGGAAGCCUACCAUGCUGAACGUCCUGGGACCCGCGUCGUCUAUAGGACGGAUGGCCAACUCGUCAACCACUGGCGAAUGCGCUUUCGGUCGCGAGCAUCCACAACUACCCCCCCCCAUGAAUUUCACUUCGCCGACGACUGCGCCUUAAACGCUACCUCGGAAGGGGACGUGCAAAGGAUCAUGGAUGUAUUCGCCACCGCCGCCGGCGACAUCUGUCACACUGGCCACCUAUAUUCACCUCAUACAUCGGCUUGGUCGAUCACUUGCAAAUUUAUCGCACAGGGUUUGGCCAAUUAG